ACAACCUAACUCGAUUGACUCAGCUGGAUCAAUUUGAUUAACAUAACUUUUUAGCUCGACCAGUUUGAUUACUCGACUCAACUAGAUCAUUACCCCGUUGCGCGUUUGUUUCUGGUCGCUUGGAGAUGUCCGACGGCGGACCACGAGCUCCAGGAGAGGGAAUGAUAGUGCCUUGAGGAAGAGCUGGAUAUUGCGUUGUCGACAUGGUGAUGUUGUCCCGUCUCCGUGUUGCCGCGGCCAAAGGAACGAUUGCGGAGGUUCAAGAUGCACGAGACUCCUUCUCAUAGAGCAAAAGGAUGGUGAGAUCGUUCAGCGCCUUAUAGGAGCGGCGGAUCUGGCCCUCGUCGAGCGACCGAUCGCCUCCAGAAUCGUGGAGAGCGGAGAUGGAGUCAGGUGCUGCCUCCACUGGCGCAUCUUGUCGAUGCCCUCGUGAAUAGCAUUACAGACGUCGAGUGCCUGGACCGAGCGUUCGAAGAAGUCAGAGAGGAAGCGGUCGAGGGGCGGACGAGAGAGGUGCACCUGUCGACCGUCCCUGCAGCUGAAGAGGAUCCCGCAGAACUCUUCCCGACCGACGAGGAAUCCAUCAAGCAACUUGUGGAGUUAGGGAAGGGAAAGCAGCUCAUUCUCGAAGGAGGAGGCAAGGUCGAGGAAGAUGUCAACAAUGAGCUUCUGAAACGCCUUCGACGUCGUACGAUCCACCAAGUGAAUCACGGUGGUCGCCGUCGACGGAGUGGACUUGCUCACGGCGAACGCUGAGAAUGGAACAACCAAACGAGGCUUGCCUAAAUCUAUCUAGAGCGCGACUCCGCCGCCGACACCGACCCCGUUCCUCGACCCUGCAGCUCACGUUCGUAGCCGUCGUGAUCGCCUUUUCUUCAAUGCCGCUUGAUCUCUCCCCCUUUCACAUUCGUCCUGUCGCCUCCCUUCGCCGUGAAGUCGACGACGACAGAGCCGCGGCAGGCGGAGUGGAAGCCGAUCAUGGUCGACGGUAAUCGCAGAGAAGAAGAAGACGCCGCCGCCUGCCAUCCCUACCAUUUCCUCGUCUCCGGCCCUCGCAAUCUCCCCUCCCCUAAUUGGAAAGAUCUCCUCCGCUCUAGCUGGAAGGAUCCGGACUAUAGGCGGACAGCCAUGGCUUGCUUCGUUCAAGCAGCGUACCUCCUCGAAUUGGACAGGCAGGAGAAGCGAGCGGAGGCGGCCGGACUCGCUCCCAAUUGGUGGAAGCCCUUCAGGUACAAAUUACGGCGCACGCUGGUGGACGCCAGGGACGGCUCCAUCUACGGCGCCGUCCUCGAAUGGGACCGCGUCGCCGCCAUGGCGGACCUUGUGCUCGCGCGGCCCCGCGGCGCGCCGAAGCUCGUGCUGGCCCUCCGGGGCACCCUGCUGCGCCGCCCCACUGCGCGACGGGACCUGCUGGACGACCUCCGCUUCGUGGCUCGCGAGAGCCUGAAGGGCUCUGUGCGCUUCGCCGGAGCUCUGGAAGUGGUUCGCGCGGCCGCCGAGCGCUUCGGUAGCGCCGGCGUGUGCGUCUGCGGCCACUCCUUGGGCGCCGCCUUCGCGCUCCAAGUCGGCAAGGCGUUGGCGAAGGAAGGACUGCUCGUGGAAUGCCACCUGUUCAACCCGCCUUCGGUCUCCCUCGCCGCGAGCCUCAGGAUCGCCGGCGAGAAGGCCAGCUACGCGCUGCGAAGAACGCCCCACCCAUCGAAGAAGCUCGCUUCAGGCAGCACCGCGAACACCUGGCGUGCACGGUGGCUGCCGAACCUGUACGUCAACAACAACGACUACAUUUGCUGCUACUACGGCGUCUCCUCCGAGCAAGACACCGGCGGCGAGGGAGACCGAGUGGCGAAGCUGUUCGUAGUGGCGAAGGGGCCCACAAGUUUCCUGGAAGCUCACGGGCUGCAACAAUGGUGGUCCGAUGAUCUGGAGCUGGAAUUGGCGGCUAAUGACAGCAAGCUCAUAAACAGGCAGCUGCGGUCCCUGUAUGCCUUCUCCGAUCGAAGCUAGCUAAUCUGCCAUUGAGCUCCUCCAUGGUGUUCUCAGCCAUGGCCGUGGUUCUCCUCCAUGCACACAUAAGCCAAAGCUUACGAUCUGAUGUUUUGUAUCAAUUUUUUGUUUAGAUAAUCCAAUAUUUUGUUUUUACCUUC